AUGUCUCAUCAUCCGGCUCUGCGUACUGAAGCGGCUGUACCGUCGCGUCGUUCGCAUGAGCAAAGCUCUCCACCAUUCUUCCAACCAGCAUUAACUUCGUCGGACGAGCCGUACAGUACCAAGAGAAGCGAACUAUCCUUCCAGCUGUACGACCCGACGUCGACAUUCUCAAGCGUCAACUACAACCACAGCACGCGCGCUAUAGGCCACAUGGUUCGCCUUGGGACAACGGCACAGAACUACGGCCAGGAGGAUUACGUCAAGAGGAAUCUAGGCGAUUGGGUGGAAGUGUUCAAUUGCUUGGGCUCUGCCGAACAGAAGACACGUCAGCUUCUGGGAGACCUUCAGACUCUGACGCUGCCUCGCCCUCGCGGCUCGGGAGUUGGGGCUUAUCCUGUCAAUCCCAUCGACGUCUCGACGACUUCAGGAUCAUCUUCUCCCUUCGCUGGAGACACGAAUCCGCUUGGCGUGGGGCAGUAUGCUGCUUUGUCCUUGAUUAACGCGUCGUCCCUCGAUGGAAGCAUGGGAGGCUAUGUGGCCAGGAGGGAGGCAAUGGAGGGCGAGUACCACGUUGCGGGAAGCGCCAGGCGAGCCAAGCAGGCGCAGAUCAUCGACGGCUUGCUUGACACGAGCAGCUUCGCCACUGCAGGAGGCAAGCAUCUUACGAAGGACGAUGAUGUGUACAAUCUGUGUGUCGAGGUCGAGAACCUGGCCAAGUCUGGAAUUAGGCGACUGCACACGCUCGACUCCAAUUUCCACAAGGCCGAUGGAACAUGGGCGAGCGUCGUUUCCAACAUCAGCCAGAGCACCGGCACGCUAUACUACGCCGUAUCCACGACUGCGGAGAUCCUAGGCGGCAUCGUCAAUGGCAUAGACAACGGCCCGAACAAGAUGGUGCUGGGCGGGAUUGAAAGAUCGCUGCAGAAAGCUGCUGCUUAUCUACAGGCGAAAAUGGAAGAUCCGACUGGUACGAUGACUACGGUCGAUAAAGCGCGCGCUGCAGCUGAAGAUCUGCGCCAUAACGCGCAUAUGAUCUUGAUGGCGUAUAUCGAGCUAGCAGCCAUCGUCCAGGAGAUACUGACGACGCGUCGCCGCGGACGGCUCCUGCCCGACGCGACAAAGGAGCGCAUCGCCCAGUUCUUCUACUCGUUUGGUCGGCAUUUCGACACUUUGCCGGGCGAUAGCAUCCAGCACACCGCUCAAGUGCAGUACAACGACUUUCAAAGCUCGCGCACCGGCACGAGGGCCGGCAUAACCUCGGACUUCUUCCCAGAGUUCGACUACAUCACACAGCUCGGUCACGCGGCUUCAGCAACCGAGAGUCACUGCGAGGCUCUCGUUCUCCUUCUUUGCUAUGCACACGAAGAAUCUCGGAUUAUCCAGCCUGUUCAGGAUGCGAUGAGGGCCGUCGCAGACUGCCUCGCUCUGCUAGCAAAGGCUAUCAGGGCGCUUCAAGACGUUUUUGACAGUAUCCGGCGGAUCAUCGCUUUGCCUGCUGGUAAACCCAACGACGAGCUCGCUGAGUUGUCGAGCGCCUAUCUCUUCGUCAUAUACGCCCUAAAGGCUGUGGGCACAGCGACAGAUAGCUCUGUAGAAGUGCUGUCCUCAGCGGAGCCGGCAGCGCUGGCCUCUAUCGCCUACCCUCCAGUCAUACAUUUCUUUCUCGUUCAGGUCAUCGGGACGCAGUGGAACGACCGGCUAUACGCUCUGGCGAAGCUUUCCCACUUCUUCCAGCGCAUUCAGGCGGAUAUUCGCCAUAUUGGCUCGCUCACCGUCCAGCUCCAGCUGUCGAUUGAGGGCAUGCAGGAGCGCUUCAGUGUCACCAAGAUGCUGGAAUACCGUGAGCUGAUCCCCGAACGGCGAUGGCAGGUGGAUCAGUUCCUCGCGAGGACUCUCGGCGAUCUCGAGCCGUGGAUCAACUACGCUCUUUUCCCCGAGUUCGACUAUAUUGCGCAGCUUGGGAGCGCAGCGUCAACUACAGCUAAUCACUGUGAGGCGCUCGUUCGUCACCUUUGGUAUGCGCGCGAAGAGGCGCAGAUCAUAUCUCCCGUUCGCGACUCGAUGCGAUCCAUCGCAGACUGCCUCGCGCGGUCAGGAAAGGUCAUACGCGUCCUACAGUAUAUCUUCCUUACAAUCCGGCGCAUCGUCUCCUCGCCUGCCGGGGAUCUCAAAGACGACCUUUCUGAGCUAUCAGCCGCGUAUAAUUCCACCUUGGAUGUCUUGAAAGACCCAGGCAGCGCGACAGAGCGCUCUGUCGAAUCUCUGACCAAAUCGGAACCCGAAGCGCUCGCGUCCAUCGCAUACCCUCCCGUUUUACACUUCUCCUCGUCCAAAUCAUCGGAUCGCAGUGGAGCGAUCGUCUAUCUCCGCCACAUCGGAUCGCUCACAAUUCAGCUCCAGCUCGCCAUCGAGAGCAUGCAGCAGCGUUUCAGCGUCUCCAAGAUGCUGGAAUAUCGCGAAUUGAGCGCUGAGCAGCUGGUAGAACUCGACCAAUUCAUUGGUAGGACUGCCGUCGCGCUUGAGAUGCGAGUGAACCACAUACAGUCCCAUGAAAGGGCUGUCCGCAAAUACAAUGCGCCUGUACUACAGGAUUGGAUGGGUGGGGCGCACGUCCGACCGCAAUGA